AUGUCCCCGCAACCUGGGUGCGGCGUAGGCGCGCAGCACCGAGCUGCUGCGCCACAUCCGCCGCCCCACCACCCGCCGCAUUACCAACCCUAUCCACUACACUCCUAUCAGACGGGAUAUUUACGAGAGUACGGUGGCUGCGGGGAGUUGUUUCCUCAGCAACCAUUAGAGCAGAGUUGGGACUGGCGUGGCGAUGUUCACUACCAAGGUGGUGCACCGCCACUAGUACCACACGCGCACGCCCACGCGCCGCAUGCCUUCUUACGCUACGUACGUGCCCCACCCCGGCGCGAUAUGCGCUGCCAGUGGCUCGAUCCCGAACAACCACCACCACGGAAACUAUGCAACAAGCUGUUUUCGAGCAUGCACGAGAUCGUGACCCACUUAACGGUAGAGCACGUCGGAGGACCGGAAUGUACGACGCAUGCUUGCUUUUGGCAGGGCUGCUCAAGAAAUGGUAGGCCCUUUAAGGCGAAGUACAAGCUGGUCAAUCAUAUUCGAGUGCACACUGGAGAGAAACCAUUUCCCUGCCCCUUCCCCGGUUGCGGCAAAGUAUUCGCGAGGUCUGAGAACCUUAAGAUACACAAGAGAACACAUACAGGAGAGAAGCCAUUCAAAUGUGAAUACGCUGGUUGCGACCGACGGUUCGCCAACUCCUCAGACAGAAAGAAGCACUCACACGUGCACACAUCAGACAAGCCCUACAAUUGCCGAGUUCACGGUUGCGAUAAGUCAUACACGCAUCCAUCAUCAUUACGGAAGCAUAUGAAGGUUCAUGGUGCAGCUGGUGACGCCUCUCCGCGCUACGAUAGCGAUGGAGACGACUCUUCAUCAGCUGGUAGCGUUAGUGUAACUGCAGGAGCUGCGAGUCCCCCAGCCCCAAUCCCCCCACCGCCUGCAACAGCACCUGCGCCACCUGGUCACCACCCCCACCACCAUGCUUCUAUAACAGACAAAUUAGAGAGCCUCAAUGACAAAUAUCUAAAUCCUCACGACCAGAAACCUUAUGAGCGACCACCAGCGCCUCCGCAUCAUAACCAGCCGCCUCACUUAACAAAUAUUGGUGGGAAUGGAAUGAUGGACAAUAAACUCGGUUUUGGUGGGCACUGGACGCAAUUCCAGCAACCUGCACCGACCGUACCCCACGGUGUACCUGAUUGGUGGUGUCCAACGCAAGAAUCAUACCACCACCAUCAUUUGAUGCAUCACUCGGGUGCAGCCGCUGCGUACUGA